CAUCGAUCACAUUUUGCGACGCCGGUGGCCGCAGUCAAACGCGCGGCAGGUGCAGAACUGGCUCCUGGUAUAGCAUCGCUUCGCUGGAACACGAAGGAGUGGUCGCAUUCCAUCGAUUCGUAGCGCACCAAACCACUGAAAAAACAAGCAAGCGCAGCGAGCGUGCGAAACCGCUGCGACGGACGGCUGCGCGCGGCGCACGACGUCGCCGACGCGCACCCGCAAACCACAGCAAGCAGCGCUCGACGCCGCCGACGCGCAUCGAAACGAUGCCCGUCCCCUUCGCGUCCUCGAUGCCGCCCAAGGCACCCUACAGCGGCACCGUCCGCGGCACGCUCGUCAAGCAGAACACGUCUCAUGGAGGAAGCGAAUACGCGAGAAAAGUCUACUGUGUAUUAACGGGCUACACGCUCUGGGAAUACGAUGAUGAGGCCGCGGCGCGCGCCGGUCUGUGGCCCAAGGCUGAAGCGGACGUCAUCGGUGUUUCUCCAGCCCCGGCCAAUUCCUCGUCGCUACGGUCGACGCUGUUCGCCACGUCGUCAUCGAGACCUAAAGAUGAAACAGCGCGGACCUUCGUGUAUACUACGACGGCCGGUGAGCGAGUUUGCGCCGUCGCCACGUCGGAGGCGGAGUGCGCCAAGUGGCUUGUUGGAUUGACGCUAGCUGUUGAGUUAUUAGUGUUGGGAGGUUUACCCGACGGCGCGGGCGGCGCGGCGCAGCGGAGGCCGCACGAGCCCCCAACUCCGGACGAUCGCGCGACUCAUUGCGCCGCGUCGGGCGUCGCCUUUGGCUAUACGGUCGCGAGGCAUACGUGUGCGGCUUCUGGUAGAGCCUAUGCCGCGUCGCACAUGGCUCCGGCGGGCCUACCUCUGCCAGGUAUAGGACGAGGCCGCGCCGAGAAAUUGAGUGAUGCAGCGGCCCAGGCCCAGCAACUGCUGAACGUGGCCCGAUCGAGAGCGAGACUACUCGCAAGUGCGGCCCACGCUUCCGAGCUCGAGAAGACUCUGGAAAGAAAGUUUCGCACGGACCGACGCGCGUUGUGGCUAUUACAUCACGCCGAUAGUGGUAGAGUAGACCCGAAGCUCGACCCGUCCGGACGGGCCUGGCCCCGGGAAGAAGCGGCCCAGGCCGCCAGGCAGAUACUCCUAGAUCGGUCCCAGCCUCUGAGUGACCCUGAAUACGACGCUCUCUUCAAUACCUGUAGGGCGGCCGCACGGGACGCCUGCGAUAGAGCUUACGACGUCUGGAAGGAGCAAGUACUAACUCCAGUGAAGAACGACGCGGCGGGAUUGGUCGGAGAGUUCCAUUUUUUGACCUUGGACGACGACAGCGACGACCCACCCCCAACACAAAAAAAAAAGAAAAUAAAGCAGUCGCCCUCGAAGCGACCGCCGCGGCCGCCCGACAAUAUUCCCGAAGAAUUAGAGGACCAGUCCCAGAAAGCAUUGGCCGCGGCCAAGGGCGUCGACGAGGGCGCGCCCGACCCGCGCGUCGACGACGACGACGCGAAGAGGCGAGCGGCCAAUGCUUUAUGUCGUAGAAGGUUACCUAGAGCGGCGCGGUUGGUCGCGGUGAAGGAUGUUUUAGGGCAUUUGGCUGACUACGAUUCCGCGAACGGACCGCCCCUACUGUUUUAUUUACCUCAAUUAGCUCAUGUGUACUAUCGUACUUUACCACCUUUGGAUGGGGAUGCCGCUCUUAGGAGUACGUUGGCGGAGGAGUUCUUACUUAGAGUAGCUAGGCGGUCCUUCCGCUUCGCUCUCCAACUAGCUUGGUUACUCGUGAGUUACCUCGAAGAUCGCGCGGGCGCGGCCUCGCGACGACCGCACGUCUUGCGAUUAUUAGUGGAGUUGGAAGCAGCAGCGGCGUUUGCGGCUUCCCAAGCUGGAGGUGGGGUGGUAGCGGAUAAAACAGGAGACCCCUGGGCCUUGCGGAGGGACGCCGUCGCGGCCGCAGCUAUGUCUAGAAGAGGGCCCUUGUUGACGGGCGAUACCUCGCCCUUCGCUGGCUCUGUGGCUCUCGAACUGCUACCACGCACCCCACCUUGGUUGGCCCUGGAACUAAGGCGAAGUGCCGGCGCUUUACGACGGACCGCCGCAUUAGCUCUAGCUACUCUAGGUGUCGAACCGGCAGCGCCGCCGCCUCCACCAAGCCCGCGACCCAUCAAAACACCUACAGGUCGUAGCUACGGCGCCCACGACGCCGACCACAGCGACGGGCUGCAAGGCCCUCCGGAUGAUGUCUUAGCGAGGGAGAUGCGCUUCGUGCGCGCUCUAUGCGACGUCGCCGAGGCCAUGCGCGGCGUCGACGGGUCCUCGAGGCCGGCGCGUCUACGCAAAGAACUGGAAGCGUUACCUAGAAGAACGCCUCUGGCCCAUGCUCCCUUCGAGAAGGCUGGUAGAUUAGGUAGGGUCGCACGAGUACCCCCGAGGGAGGGCCACGUCUUCAAGACGAAGGCGCGGGCGCCAACACUGGUGCUCUUAGAAACGGUAGAUGAUCCCGACGCUGAUACCACAUGUCUGAGAGAAGAAGAUUCCGAGAGCGACGACGACAAGCCCGUGCGUCGGAUGACGCCGGCCCAGAACCACCCCGUUUAUUGCUGUGUCCUUUGUUUUUCCUUCUUCGUCACAAUCGAUGGAGUGAAGUGGGAUGGCUCUACACCGCCUUACGCCAUCGACGCGACGCGACGCGACGAGAACCCCACCACGCCAUCGACGCGACGUUUCCCAACGCAGGAGUUCGCCAACGCCCUCCGGGAAGCUUUAGCGGAAGAACCCGCGCCCGAAGAGCCUCCUACGGAUGAUGAUCACUCGACGACGUCCGCCGAUCUCGCCGGCGAGGUCAACGACGAGAUGCUGCCGACGCCCUCGACGUCCCAGGAGCUGACGGGCGACCAAUUGAAACGGGUCACGUCCGUGCCCUCAAUAGUGGAAUGCUCGUACGGCGCCGACGACGCCGCGACUGGAGACGUAAAGCAGGCGGUGCAGUCGCCGCCGCCUCGACGGAACACGUCCUCAACCGGUCUGGACACGUUAGCCGAGGCCGAUACACCUUUGGAUGGAGAGGAACCGACGCCCGUCCCGAAAAUAUCCCCGAGACGAGUGGAUACGCCAGAAAUAGGCCAGCCGGACUUCGCGGCGGCGUUGGACGAGCCGCCGCCGCCGCCCGUGGCCUCGGGCUAUUCUCCGCGACGCGAUGUUGUUCGAGCUUUAAGAAGGAAGCAGGCCCUUGGUCUCAAAACGGAACGACUUGAUAGCCUGCAAGAUACGCCGCAACCCUCGCCCGUCGGCAAGCAGGACUCGCUCGAAGAGGUACAAGGCGCGAACAAGGUGGAACAACCGGGCUUCGGCGAGCCCUGGGCCGUCCAGAGGGCUCGGGUCCGGAGGCAAUCGCCCAUCGGCGACGAGGAGUCCUGGAACCUCGUGAGCUGUAUCGUGAAGUCCAAUGAUGAUUUAAGGCAGGAGGUGUGUGCGUUGCAGAUCAUUGCGGCUUGUGACGACGCGUUUCGGGCCGCUGGCUUAGCCGGUGAUCGCACUGGAUUGUGGCUGAAGCAUUAUAGUAUUGUCCCUACCGGGGCUUCGACGGGCAUCGUCGAGGUCAUGACCGACGCCGUGUCUCUCGAUUCUCUGAAGAAGUCGAAGGGUUUUAAGAACGUCGCGUCGCACUUAAUUCACGCGCACGGGCCCGCCGGUUCGAGGCGGCACGCGCGGGCGCGGCGGGCCUUCGUGUCGUGCGUUUUGCGGCGUCCUUUUUUUCUUCGAUGGCGUGCUGGUCGCCGCGACCCGCGCCACGGUGGCAUCGGAUGCGUUUGUACUACCGUCCCGUGUUGUGGCUGGGCCUAGCUGGUCGUGCUCCCCAGGACACAACGGCGGCCUGUCGUGGUCGCCGCGGUCCCCAGGACACGCCAGAAACCUGCCAUCGACGCGGCGUCGCGCCGAUGGCGUGCUGGCAUAGAUUACGCCAGAUCGGGCUCUACACCAC